AUGAUCGAUCUCAUGCGAGACGUCCAAGCCUUGGUCACAGGAAUGCUCCAGUUUCCAAUCGACAUACCCUUCACACCUUAUCGCAAAGCAUUGCAGGCCAGGGCGAGGCUCAACACGUUCUUGGAUGGGCUAAUCAACGAGAGAAGGGCGCUAUUAGGUGCCAAGGGCGAGAGGCACAAAGACGCGCUGGACGAGUUCAUCAUGCACAAAGAUGACAAGGUUGGAACCAUCUCAAAUCAACAAGUGGAAGACAAUCUCAUAGCACUGCUGUUGGGAGGCCACGACACCACAGCUCUUGCUCUCUUGUGGCUGAUCAAAUACUUACAUGAGAACCCACAAGCUUUCAGAGAAGUAGAGGCUGUCGAUGAGACUCUGAGGCUUUCUAAUAUUGUUGGGAUGGUUCAAGUUCAUAUGUCAUCAAUUCAUCUAGAUGAGAGUAUUUACCCUAAUGCAACAAAAUUUGAUCCAUCCAGAUUUAAACUAUGGACAGAGGAUAUGCCCGGGGAGUGCACUCGUUAA